GCCCGUUGCGCAAUUGGUCACUCAUGGCCCCUGCACAGACUCAAUUUCAACCCCCACCAAAAUAUAUCCAAGAGCUUCAAUGCAGAUCUCGAACUACCUGAUAUUUCGGUAAAUUUACGACAACACAGUAAUUAUCAUGUUUGACCUUCCAGACGCAAAACGGUGAGCUCGUUCUCGUUCUGUGAUAGUUAAUGCUAGAUGAUGCUAAAUUUCAUGUCCGCUAACACCCUCUUGACAGUGUGCGCCGUUCAGAUCUAUACACUGGAUCCUCGUCAUCUUCUCCCGAACCAUCUUCCCCAAUCGACCCCGAUGUGUCUGCUCGAUUUCAAGAGCAGCUUGCUUCAUUAUACGGAACUAUUUUACCUCAACCAUAUUCUGUCGAAAACACAGUGAGGUCUGAACUUAACAAUGACGCGCCACAUUCACCACGACCAGUUGAUGACCGAGACCAAGAAGAUGAAUUUGACUUUCGUCUUUUCUCAAAUGACAAAGAAGGCAAGAUAAUUCUUAAGGAAGAGGUAGCUGAUGAAGGAGUUUUUACUGUUGAGGAAAGAAAUAAAAGUUACUAUUUCACUGGCCCAAUUGAGGGGGAAAGGAAAGAAGAAUACGCCAUUUCGGCAGUUAGUGGAGAAAAUGUUUUACGAGGCAGACAUCAAAGAUACUGGGGUUGGGAAGUUCCAUGGAGAGUAAAAGUAUUGAAAGUUGGUAUUGACGGGCAGAAAAUGGUGGGAAAUAACGGGCUCGGAAUCAGCAAUAAUAUCAAUGGGGCAAAGAAGAGGAAGCCAGGCAAAAAGAUGAGGAUCACAGUGAGAGAGAGGGGACGGAACAUUCAGGCUCAGGAAGAAGCGAUGACGAAGGAGAAGGAAACUAAAGAGGAAGCGGAACGAGAAAGGAGAGCUAGGAAGAAUAGGGAGAAGAAAGUCAAGAGAAAGGCGAAGGAGAAAGCGUUGAAAGCUGCCGCCGGAGGAAUUGACCACACUGGGCCCGGAGUUGACGGAGAAAGUGAUUGAAGACGGGAGGAAUAAUUCUGCCCACAUCCGGAUCGAUAUUUACGAAGGGAGAAAUCCAAAAUCCUUCAAUCUGCGAUCCGUAACCCCGCUUGGACUUCCGAUAAUCUUCAAUUCUUCCAUACUCAUCUACGAAAGACGCCCCAAGAAUCCCUUGCUUGGACGCAACCAUAAUUUAAUGCCCCCCACGCGACGAAUUGCUUGUCGCAUUUUGCACCCACAAUACAAACGGGGAGGGGCACACACUAUCCAACACAACGCAACAACUUUUCCUCGUGGUUUCUAGGAUUCAGCAUCAAGUUAUGCAUCUGGCAUACCACAAUAGUGAUAUUUGUACGACAUGACCGUCCCCUCCCGUGCUUAGGAGGAGGCUUAAAGCCUAGAUCACAGCCUUGAUCCUUUAGUUACAUCUACGAGAACGUGAAAUACGCUUAGAUUACUCACGAAAUUACAUACUCUCUUCCUUUCGCUUUCAAGGAUUCGAAGGAUCGAAUAACUUGGAAAGAAGGAUUUCUCACCCACACCAUUAUUUCUUCAAUUCAAAGACAAGCAAAUUUUCAAAUUCUUCAUUGUAGCCAAUCGACAUUCCCUGCCGCGCUGCGCCGUGCCUUUGCGCCUUCGCACAUUUUGGAAUUAUUAUGUCCGCCGCCUUGCUUGUAUGACAAAUGGAAUAUUCCAUGCGAUUUUA